UGUAGAGAGACAUUUUUUUCUUCACGCGUUCAUUCGUUUUCCUUCCCAAGUCCCAACCAUUUCCUAUUGACCGUCGUAGCCAAGAAAAGCAACAGCACGCAGAGACACAGAGAGCGAUGAACAGAGAAUUCUGAAUCGGAUUUUGAGGAGCAGAGAAGGUGAAUCGGUGUUCUUAGAGAGAGGAAUUUGAAGUUGGAAGAGCUGGUGAGUGAUUCAAAGUGGCCGAGAAAGUGAGAGAAGUGUGGGAAGGAGAGAUUGGAGAAGAGGGAUGAAACACAUUUUCAAGAAGUUUCAUAUCGGAAGCAAUCACGAUCCGAGUCGAUCCAACGAGAAUCCGUUGCCCGUAGCAGCGUCGUCGUCGUCGUCGUCGUCGUCUCCAUGUGUUUCUGAUAAUCGUCCUGCAACUGCUCCCGGCCUCACUUCUGGCAACUCUCCAUUGAGUCCUUCGUCUUCGCCGUCGCUGGCAACAACUCCUCCAGGCGGCGGAAGUGUGACUCCGGUUUCGGUUGCUCCCAAUCGGUCUGAUUACUUUUCUUCAGAGGAGGAGUUUCAGGUUCAGCUUGCCCUAGCUAUUAGCGCCUCCAAUUCGGACUUUCGGGAUGAUCCGGAGAAGGAUCAAAUUCGUGCUGCGUCGCUUUUGAGCUUCGGUAAUCAUCGAAUUGAUUCCACUGCCAGAGACCAGGGAGAUGCUGCCGAGGUGCUCUCCAGACAAUAUUGGGAAUACAAUCUGCUUGGCUAUGAAGAUAAAGUGGUCAAUGGGUUUUAUGAUGUCCUCUCCACGGAUGCAGCAGUCCAAGGAAAAAUUCCAUCUCUAUCUGAUAUUGAAGCAAGCUUCGGUAGUUCUGGCUUUGAAGUCGUGAUGGUCAAUAUGACUGUUGAUCAUGCAUUAGAAGAGCUAGUGCAAAUUGCUCAAUGUAUUGCAGAUUGCCCUGGUACUGAGGUGAGGGUUUUGGUUCAAAGGCUUGCUGAGCUUGUUAUGGGACAUAUGGGCGGACCUGUAAAGGACGCCCAUUUUAUGCUAGCAAGGUGGAUGGAAAGAAGCACAGAGUUAAGGACUUCUCUUCACACCAGUGUAUUGCCUAUUGGUUCCAUCAAUAUUGGCCUCUCAAGACAUCGUGCAUUGCUUUUCAAGGUGUUAGCUGACAGUAUCAAGAUGCCUUGUAGGCUUGUUAAAGGUAGUCACUAUACAGGUGUCGAAGAAGAUGCUGUGAACAUUAUAAAGUUGGAGGAUGAAAGGGAGUUUUUGGUUGAUCUAAUGGCAGCUCCUGGAACACUUAUACCAGCAGACAUAUUAAGUGCAAAGGAUACUACUUCCAUUAAGCCUUACAACCCUAAAGUAAGCAAAAUUCCUUCUCUUCACCACUAUAAUGAUGCUGGAAUUUCUUCUACGAAGCCAACAUCAUUACUUGAGGAAGGCAGCAGUCAAAACUUUGAAGCAGAGGCCAGCUCACUGGUGGAUGAGAAACUGAGCUAUGGAAGGACAGAGUCUGUGCCGUCAAGCUCAGGUACUGAGACUUCUCGAUACAAAGGGGCCCAUUUUGGUGAUAGUAAUGUUAGACUGAAUGUCAAUGUAGUUUCACUUGGUCAAAGCUCCGAGGAUUCCAAAAAUCUUUUUGAAGAUCUUAAUCCUUUCCAAAUAAAAGGAACUGGAAAAAGUUUCAUUCUUAACAAAUCCUCUGACAAUAAAAUUGAGGAGCUUCGGAAACCCGCUAUUGGACAUGCUCCUGUGCCGUUAUGGAAAAACCGGGUUGUUUUCAAUGCAGUUCCCAAGAAUAAAGAGUAUGAUUACAUGGAGGGCCGUUUUCCAAGAACUAAUUGUAGACCUAAUGAUCAUAAUACAGCAUCGUCUUUUUCUGCAAGCUCUUCUGUCUCUGAAAAUGUUAAUCCUAGUGGUUCAGGAAUAUCCAUUGACUCGAGGGUAUCGAAUAGAAGUGCUGAAGUUGGAAGUUCUUCAUCUAAUAUGAACUCAUGGUCGACAUCCACAAUGAUAGAGUCUAAUAUUUUGCCUUUGAUUGACGAGCAGAACAGAAAACUCAAUGGAGCAUAUUCUGGAAAUAUAGACAUGCAGGAUGAAAAGGUAGAUGCCGUUGUUGGACGUGAUAAUUUAAGCAGAUUUGAUAACCGUAGAAAGUUCACAUAUGAUAGAUCUGUUGGGACCAAUUUGAUAUUGAAGGAUCCGGGAAGUCCCAGCAUAUUGAUUGAUCCAAGUUCGAGGAGUAGGUUUGAGCAAGUUUAUGAUGACGUGGAUGUAGGCCAAUGUGAAAUCCAAUGGGAGGACCUCGUUAUUGGGGAAAGGAUUGGACUAGGUUCAUAUGGAGAAGUCUACCAUGCUGAUUGGAAUGGCACAGAGGUUGCUGUGAAGAAAUUCUUAGACCAGGAUUUUUCUGGCGCUGCUUUAGCUGAGUUCAAAAGAGAAGUACUGAUAAUGCGGCAGCUACGUCAUCCAAAUAUUGUUCUUUUUAUGGGUGCUGUCACUCGUCCUCCUAACCUUUCCAUUGUUACUGAGUUUCUUCCAAGAGGAAGCUUGUACCGGAUCAUUCACCGACCAAAUUGUCAAAUUGAUGAAAGCCGCAGAAUAAAAAUGGCCCUUGAUGUGGCAAGGGGCAUGAAUUGCUUGCAUACAAGUAAUCCAACAAUUGUUCACCGAGAUCUGAAGUCACCGAAUCUUUUGGUUGAUAAGAACUGGAAUGUAAAGGUAUCAGAUUUUGGGUUGUCACGCUUGAAGCACAGUACAUUUUUGUCAUCCAAGUCAACUGGAGGAACGCCUGAGUGGAUGGCACCAGAAGUUCUCCGGAAUGAGCCUUCAAAUGAGAAGUGUGACGUUUAUAGCUUUGGAAUCAUUCUAUGGGAACUUGCUACAUUGAGACUGCCUUGGAGUGGGAUGAAUCCUAUGCAAGUUGUUGGUGCAGUCGGUUUCCAGAAUCGACGACUCGAAAUACCCAAGGAAGUGGAUACCACGGUUGCAAGGAUUAUCUGGGAAUGCUGGCAAACCGAUCCAAACUUGCGCCCCUCAUUUGCACAAUUAGCCAAUAUUUUGAAGCCACUGCAGCGGCUCGUCAUGCCGCUGCAUUCGGACCAGCCGAGUUCAUCGGUGCUGCAAGAGAUAUCUGUAAAUUCUACACCUUGAUUGGAAUGCCUCAUUUUUUUUGUCAAGUGUGAAUAAGGAAACUGUUUUUGGUUUCUCUUGAGUUGGGGCUGUAUUGUAUAUAUUUUUUUUAAAUGUAAAAAAUAAGUAUUCAAAGAAAGGGAAAGGAAAGAGAUAGAAAAGGAAAAAGGUUGUAGAGGUAAAUUAUUGUUAAAAAUGUGAUGCUGUUGCUACCAAAAGAUGGUAGCUCUCACCAAAGAAUCCUGAACACUGAAUUGAAUUGAAUUGAAUGGAAUGGAAUUUUUCAUUUUGCAA